AUGAAUCUGUUUAAUGUUGCUGAUGUGUACAUCGAUAGGAUAGUGAACUCCACCUCGAAGGCCAGGCAGGGAGCCAUAAACGUGAAUGAACAGAGCAGAAUUAAGGUGCUGUUGCUGGAUAAGGAGACCGUUUCCACCAUAUCUAUGUGUGCCACCCAGAGUGAAUUACUAGACCAUGAGAUCUUUUUGAUUGAUACGAUUGAGAACGCCAGUCGGGAUGUUAUGAGACAUCUUAAGUGUUUAGUAUAUGUUAAGCCUUGCGAAGAGAGUAUCAGAUGUUUGGUUCAAGAGUUACAAAACCCCAAAUAUGGAGAAUACCACAUUUUCUUCAACAACAUGGUUAGCAAGUCACAAUUGGAACGCCUGGCUGAAGCUGAUAAUUUAGAAGUGGUUGUCAAAAUUGAAGAGAUCUUUCAAGAUUAUCAAAUUCUUGAUCAAGACUUGUUCUCUUUCGAUUUGGAAAGUGGAACUUUAUUCAAGGAGGACCUCUCCAUAUGGAAUGCCUCAGGGCUUAAUACAUGUGUGAAUAGUCUGCUGUCUGUUUUACUCUCCUUAAAGGUAAGACCGGAUAUUCGUUUUGACAAAAAUAGUAAACUCUGUAACAAAUUGGCUAGAGAGUUAAAUAAUGACAUCGAGAAACAUGAUAAGGCACUAUUCGAUUUUCCCACAAUGGAUGCUCCACCCAUGUUAAUAAUACUAGAUAGACAGAAUGAUCCAAUGACACCACUCCUACAACCUUGGACGUACCGUUCCAUGAUUAAUGAAUAUAUUGGAAUCAAGAGAAACAUAGUGGAUUUAUCAGGGAUCCCGGAUAUUGACAAAGAUUUAAUCAAAGUGACAUUAUCCUCUAAACAGGACCCCUUUUUCCAUGAUACAGUUUAUUUAAAUUUUGGUGAGUUGGGUGAUAAAGUGAAACAAUAUGUCAAUAAUUAUAAAAAGGCAACAAAAUCAAACAGUAAGAUCGAUACCAUUGAAGAUAUUAAAAAUUUUAUUGAAAAAUAUCCGGAAUUUAGAAAAUUAUCAGGAAAUGUGGCCAAACAUAUGGCUAUCGUUAGUGAAUUGGAUAGACAACUAAAGCUUAGAGACAUUUGGGAAAUUAGUGAAGUGGAACAAAAUUUGAGUGUUCAUAAGGAUAAUCAAGAGGAUUAUGAUAAUUUAAUCAAAAUUUUAGAAACCCCCCAGGUUAAAUUUUUCUACAAGAUCAAAUUAGCAUGCAUCUUUCUUUUAAGACAUUCUGAAAAUAAUGUGAAGAUUAAUCAAUUGGUGGAGAUUUUGAAAAACCAAGGUGUCAGUAUGGAGGAAUUAUCACUAUUUUAUAAAUUUAAAAAGAUAAUAGAGGCUAAACUAAAAAGAGAUUUAAACAAAGGCCAGGAUGAAGGAAAUUCAGUAGAUAACAAAGACAACGACUUGCUAAGUGAACUAGCAAGAAAAUUCAAUACACGAAUGGAAUCUGCCAAAAAUUUAAGUCAAGGUCGCAAAGCUCAAAACGAUAAUGUGUACAUGCAACACAUACCGGAUAUUUCCACCAUGUUGACUGAUCUGUCCAAGAAUAAACUAUCUCAAGUUAAAUUUGGGAUUAUUGGCGGGACACAAUCAAAGGAAGCUAUCACUCCUGCGUCUGUGGUAGUUCCACAAGAUGUGAUCAUAUUUGUUGUCGGUGGUGUUACAUAUGAAGAAGCUCGUCUCGUUCGUCAAUUUAAUGAAACUAUGAAAGGGAAGAUGAGAGUUAUUCUUGGUGGGACAUCAGUCAUCUCUACAAGUGACUAUUUAAGUUCGUUCUCGUAA